CCGGACGGGUUGAUCGGGCCUCGGCCGCGGAUCGGAAUCAAACUCCCGAAGCGCGGCGAGGUCGGGCCCCUUCGGGAGCAGAAGCGAAAAUGGCCGAAGGGACGCGAAGAGCGCGGAGCCGAGAGACUGCCGGGAUCGCGGCGGACUGGGCGGGCGGGGCCGGGCGGCAAGAUGGCGGCCGCGCGGCGAGGGAGAGCUUCGUCCGCGGUGCUCUCGUCCGUCUCACUGCAAGUGCUGCUCUACCUGAGUGGGGGGUAUUAUGCCCUGUAUUUCCUGGCUACGCUCCUAAUGAUCAUAUAUAAAAGUCAGGUUUUCAGUUAUCCUUGUCCUUACCUGGCUCUCGACCUGACUCUGCUGUUUCUGAUGGGGAUUCUGGAAGCAGUUCGGUUGUACCUGGGCACCAAGGGCAACCUGAUGGAGGCCGAGGUGCCGCUGGCCGUCAGCCUGGUCCUUACGGCGGGUGGCGCCCUGCUGUCCACCUACUUCCUGCUCUGGCAGACGCUGGUGCUGCGGGCCGACUCCACCCUCAGCGCCGCGCUCCUCGCGCUCCACGGCCUGGAGGCCGUCCUGCAGCUGGUGGCCAUCGCUGCCUUUGUCAGCUAGGCGGGCAGCCCCCGGCUUCGCCGGGCAGGACAGCUCUGCACAGAAGCCCCCCCUGCACAGGAGCUCAGCCGUCUCCUCCCCCAGUGCUGGACGGAAGGGCACCGGUGUGGACGGAUCGCAAUGGCUCCCGGAAGACACUGAGCUCCUGCUCCCCAGGACCUUCACCCGUUCACGCUGUGCACCGUCCACGUCUGGAACAAAACGUUGGGUAUCUGGACGUUUUCUCUACCGUUUUGUGGAAAUAAAUGUCUAUACCUCCC